AUGUCACAAAGAUAUACUGUCCCUACUUAUACUACUGGUAGUGGUAACCCAGUCACUUGCCCAUUCGCAACUGAAAGAAUUGGUACAAAUGGCCCUCUUUUGCUUCAAGAUAGUCAUCUUAUUGAAGUUUUGGCUAGUUUCAACAGAGAAAAGAUCCCUGAAAGAAUUGUUCAUGCCAAAGGUACCGGUGCCUAUGGUGUGUUUGAAGUUACACAUGAUGUCACUCAAUAUACAUGUGCUCAAUUUUUGCAGCCUAAUACUUCUUCAAAGGUUUUUGUUCGAUUCAGCACUGUAGGUGGUGAAAAGGGCUCUGCUGAUACUGCUCGUGAUCCGCGUGGUUUUGCUGUUCGAUUUUAUACUGAGGAAGGAAACUGUGACAUUGUCGGAAAUAAUACCCCGAUAUUUUUCUUGCGUGAUCCAGUGAAAUUUAGCCCUUUUAUUCACACCCAGAAGCGCAAUCCCAAGACUGGACUAAAAGAUCCUAAUGCUCAUUGGACCUAUGUGGUGGAGCAUCAAGAGGCGCUUCAUCAAUACUUUUUGCUUCAUUCAGAUCGUGGCACACCUGCAUCGUACCGUGAAAUGCAUGGCUACGGGUCUCACACUUACAAGCUAGUUAAGGAGAACGGGCAAUUUGUAUACGUUAAAUUCCAUUUUAGAGCGGACCUUGGCUUCAAAACUUUGAGCGAUGAAGAAGCAACCAAGCUAGCUGGUGAUGAUCCAGAUCACCAUCGGCGUGAUCUUUAUGAAAAUAUUGAAAAAGGCAACUUUCCAUCUUGGACUCUUUGCAUCCAAACGAUGACUCCUGAACAGGCCGAAAAAGCACCAUUUUCAAUUUUUGAUUUGACGAAGGUCUGGCCUCAUGCAGACUUCCCUCUUCAAAAAGUUGGCAAGUUAACUUUAAAUGAAGUUCCCAAGAAUUUCUACGCGGAAGUCGAGCAAGCAGCUCUUUCCCCAUCUAACAUGGUUCCAGGAGUUGCUCCUAGUGCAGACCCUGUUCUUCAGAGUAGACUGUUUUCUUAUCCUGAUGCUCAAAGAUAUCGUCUUGGAGUCAAUUUCCGACAGAUUCCUGUCAAUUGUCCUCUUCAUGAGUUCAAUCCGCUUUUGCGCGAUGGAGCAAUGCGAGUUGACGGUAACCUUGGUGAUUAUCCUACUUAUCUACCAUCUUCUGCUCCUAUCCACUACAAAGUAGUCCCUGGUAUGGAACAUCAUGAACGUUGGGUUGGUACAGUUACAAGAUUUCAUUGGGAAGCUUCAAUUGAGCAAGGCGAUUUUGUUCAAAUUCAAUCUCUUUGGAAUGUAUUUGGAAAGACAAACCAACA